AUGAGGACGGUCAUCGCAUCUGUGGCGCGCAGCGCCCUGCGUCAAAGCUCGGCGAGCGCAUCCGCAAGGACCUUCUGCUCUGUCUCUGCUCCUGCACUCAGCUCGCGCAGUCGAAGCUUUUCCAAGCAGCAGCAACAGCCCGUAGCACGCACCAGUCUCAAGGAUCUGCAUCCACUGCCUGAGUCGAUGCGCGAGCAGCUCGAGACCUCGGACGCACCCGAAGAGCCUUACACAGCUACGGGCAACUCGAACGACCCAGCUGUCCACUCGAGUCGCCCCGCUUCUCAGCCAGCUGAGCCCGAGGUCAGCCCAGGUGUGGCUGCUCCCGGUCUCGUUAACGGAUCUUCAUCUAGCGCUUCGUCGAACGGUCCUACCUCAUCCGAAUUUUCCACCUCUCAACCGACCUCUUCGUCGUCGGGCAGCGCUUCAUCUUCAUCCAUUCCGCCCAGCAACAUCUCGGAAGAGUGGGGAACCAGCUUUGCCGGACUUGGCGAGCGCUCCUUCAGCAGAGAAGCCAUUGACGUGCUCAUGGCACCCGUCAACGAGGGUGACGUCGAGAUCAAACCGGACGGACUCAUCUACCUCCCUGAGAUCAAGUACCGUCGCAUCCUCAACAAAGCGUUCGGACCGGGAGGAUGGGGCAUGGCGCCUCGCAGCGAGACCAACGUGGGCCAAGGCAUCGUGAGCCGCGAAUGGGUGCUCAUCUGCCAAGGACGGUUCGUCGCCACGGCAAGAGGCGAGCAGGAGUUCUUCAAGCCCUCAGGCGUCCCGACCGCUUCGGAGGGAGCCAAGUCGAACGCGCUGAUGCGAUGCUGCAAGGACCUAGGCAUCUCGUCCGAGCUGUGGGAUCCUCGUUUCAUCCGACAGUUCCGCAAGAAGCACUGCGUCGAGGUGUGGGCACAGGACACGACGGGUAAGAAGAAGAAGCUCUGGCGCAGAAAGGAUGAUCCUGCGUUCGAGUACCCGUGGAAGGAGACCGGCACUGCCUGA